AGCACUGAUUGGAUAGUUGAAGUUGCACUCACCGAGGGAAUAGAACCAAACAUAACUCCCAAUUUUCAGUGCAGUUGAACUUUCCAGAGAAUUCAACUCCUCGUGCUAAAAUCAUUAGUCUUUCCGCUGUCGCAUUUAUCAGUGAAAAAACACGCUCAAAGACAAGAUAAUGAGGGAAAUUGUGCAUCUGCAGGCGGGACAGUGCGGCAACCAAAUUGGUUCCAAGUUUUGGGAGAUAAUUUCUGACGAGCAUGGCAUCGACCCCACUGGCAGAUACGUUGGAACGAAUGAUCUUCAGCUAGAGAGGAUCAAUGUUUAUUACAACGAAGCAGGAAAUAACAAAUAUGUUCCUCGUGCUAUUCUCGUCGACCUCGAGCCAGGGACUAUGGACUCCAUUCGCAGUGGUCCCAUCGGUCAGAUCUUCAGGCCCGAUAAUUUCGUUUUUGGACAGAGUGGAGCUGGAAAUAACUGGGCUAAAGGACACUACACAGAGGGAGCAGAGCUCAUCGACUCUGUUCUCGAGGUUGUGAGGAAGGAAGCAGAAGGAUGUGACUGUCUCCAAGGAUUCCAGCUGACUCACUCCCUCGGUGGUGGCACUGGCUCAGGCAUGGGGACUCUUUUAAUUUCAAAAGUCAGGGAGGAGUACCCCGAUCGUAUUAUGAAUUCUUUCAGUGUGGUUCCAUCGCCAAAGGUAUCAGAUACAGUUGUUGAGCCCUACAAUGCCACACUAUCAGUGCACCAACUGGUGGAAAAUACUGACGAGACUUUCUGUAUCGACAACGAAGCACUUUACGAUAUUUGCUUCAGGACCCUGAAGUUGACUUCACCAACUUACGGUGAUUUAAAUCAUCUCGUUUCAGUCACAAUGUCAGGUGUGACGACGUGUCUGAGAUUCCCAGGCCAAUUAAACGCUGAUCUGCGUAAAUUGGCAGUGAACAUGGUACCAUUCCCACGUCUUCAUUUCUUCAUGCCAGGUUUCGCUCCACUGACUGCCAGGGGAAGUCAAGGAUAUCGCGCACUAACGGUUCCAGAACUCACACAACAGAUGUUCGAUGCCAAGAACAUGAUGGCAGCCUGCGACCCUCGUCACGGUCGUUACUUGACAGUAGCAGCGAUAUUCCGAGGUCAAAUGUCGAUGAAGGAGGUGGACGAGCAGAUGUUGAACAUUCAGAACAAAAAUUCUGCCUAUUUUGUUGAGUGGAUUCCCAACAACGUCAAAGUAGCUGUCUGUGACAUCGCCCCCAAGGGUCUGAAGAUGUCUGCCACCUUCAUCGGUAACUCCACAGCCAUUCAGGAGAUCUUCAAACGCAUCAGCGAGCAGUUCACAGCCAUGUUCAGACGUAAAGCCUUCCUCCACUGGUACACGGGGGAGGGCAUGGACGAGAUGGAGUUCACAGAGGCUGAGAGCAACAUGAAUGACUUGGUGUCUGAGUACCAACAGUAUCAGGAGGCAACAGCAGAAGACGAAGAGGCCUUCGAUGACGAGGAAGUCAUGGAGGAAGAGGCAGCUGAGUAAAGUUAUAUCUUCCCAGAAGUUUUUAUCCCUUUUUGUGAUGAACCUAUCACUCAAACAGACUUCCCUUUCCAUUGAAUAGGCAACGACUCCUUUAAGUAUUUCUUUGUAACUUUUUUUGUAGAAAGCAUAAAAUAUAUCAUUGCCAACUCGAA